AUGAACAAUAAUCGAAAAUCUCCAUCCAAUCAACAGCGUAUGAAAUCUUCUCACGCUAUAUCUGUUCCUCAUUCCAACCGUAUGCGAUCAAAUAGUAGUAUGGGAUCAUCGUAUCCAAAAAAGACGAACUCUCAUACGACAUCACCAACUGCUUUAUCAGCAAGUUCAUCACCUGCUGUUCCACUAUUCUACUCAAAUGUCUAUGCUGAUCCUCCAGAAUGUUCAGCAUUGCCACAACCACCUGAAUCGUGGUAUUUGACAACGGUUGACGAAGUACCAACUGCAAAAAUAAUUGAAGAGAUUAAAGAGAAACCUCAAGAAAAAUCUACACGCAAACCAAAUUACAAAAAGAAUCACAAAGGUUUCUACAGUCCAUUCUAUAAUUCUGCACGAAAUUAUAACAAGUUUCCUGCAUUAUACGUAUCUGUUAAAGCUUAG